ACGAGCGAAAUUUCGAUCACCGCGCCUCUACACAAGUGACAGCAGAAGCUUCAAUUGUAAACAUAGAGUCACAGCAAUGUCCGCGAGUGAUACGAAUUGUGAUAGAGAAACGCAAGGAAAUGGGGAUAUUUUUGCGAAAAGCUACUGGCCACCUGUUUAUCCAACCGGAAACCAUACAGUGCUGUACAAUGUUCCUAUUGUGCAGUCAAAUCAGCCUCCAGUGCCCCGAAGAAGCGCCCCCAGGUGGGAUUCAGAUCAUGUCCGGAUGCCCUGCAGUAACAUGAGCCAGUACCCGCUGAAAAAGUCUGACGGCACUUCUGAUGUUGUCAGCAGGUGGGAUUUGAUCCGGACAGCUCUGCAGCCACCUAUAAAAUCCAGUCGAGAGCUAGAAACGGCCAUCCUGUCGUAUAACAACAAAUACGCGAGAUCCUGGUCGUUUCGGGGACUCCAUAGUCUGUUUGACAAAGGCGAUGAGGAAGAUUCUGAGACAUUCUUCACAGUUAUGCUGCCGAAGAUCAUGGAUUUGGCUCUGAAAUUGCCCCAACUGAUUCCCGGUGGUAUUCCACUGCUGAAGCAAGGCCGAAAUCACUCGAUAAGCCUGAGUCAAGAGCAGGUUGCAUGCCUGGUUGCAAAUGCCUUCCUCUGCACCUUUCCGCGGAGGAACACCUUGAAGUGGGAGUCAGAGUAUGGGAACUAUCCAGACAUUAACUUCAACAGACUCUUUGCGAGCACAGAAGCGCGGUGUCUGGAAAAGAUUAAGUGCAUUUGUCACUACUUCAAGCGUAUCUUCAGCAAAAUGCCCACAGGAGUGAUCACAUUCUCCCGCAGAUUCGUGGAUCCUCGCCUCAUGCCGCGGUGGGAUUUGGCAGAUGCGCCCUUUGAGGCAGUGAAGGUGGAUGUGAGAACGGAUGGGACCAUUGAGGAUAAUGGCAAGGGUCUUCUUCAAGUGGACUUUGCGAACAAAUUCGUUGGAGGAGGUGUUCUGGGCUCAGGCUGUGUUCAGGAGGAGAUUCGCUUCGUCAUCUGUCCCGAAUUGCUGAUCUCUCGGCUCUUCACUGAGGCGCUGGACAAAACUGAGGCUCUACAUGUGAUCGGGGCUGAACAAUUCAGUGAGUAUUCAGGCUAUGCAGGAAGUUUCACGUGGAAAGGUAAUCACAUCGAUGACACGCCGAGGGACGAGUGUGGGCGGCGGAAAUGCCACAUUGUGGCCAUUGACGCGCUCCACUUUGCCGAGGAAGCGCAGCAGUAUCAAGCUAAGUUGAUGCUGAGGGAGCUGAACAAAGCUUAUGUGGGAUUCCUGCCGUCGGAGAGGGACAAACCAUUUGCCGCCGUGGCGUCUGGCAACUGGGGCUGCGGCGCCUUCAAUGGGGACUCGAAACUGAAGUCCCUGCUGCAGAUAAUGGUGUGUACUCUUACCAAGAGAGACCUGGUGUACUUCACUUUUGGCGAUUGCGUCCUCAAGAGUGACAUUGACGAGAUGUUUGGCUUUCUGGUGGAACGGAAACUCACUGUGCAAGACAUCUAUCGAUGCCUAUGCGAGUUUAGCAGGAAGAAAAUGGCAGGAUACAGUCUCUAUGACUACAUCUAUCGGAAAUUUCGCGAUCCCGCGAUACCGCAGAGCUCUAGAUCACCUAGGAAUGUCUCCGGCACGGAUCCAGAGGAUCAAACGCCAUCCCUCGUGGACUGCCUCGAUGAGUACUUCGCUCGAGAGAAUCCCAGUAAAACCAAACCACCGCCGGUGGUGGUGAAUAUCCUGGCUCCGCCUAAGAACCAACCUAAGAUCGUGGACUUCUUCAAGAAACUCUAAUAAUUCACUUUAUUAUACUUUAUGAACGAAUAGAGAUGGAAAUAUUUUCUAGAACAUCUUUACGACUUUUCACUUCCUCUCGGAACCGUGAAUGUGCGCCA